AUGGCGACAAAGAAGCGGAAUAAAGCAUUCAUGGGCAUGUCUGCACCAUUAGGCUAUGUCCCGGGUCUUGGUCGAGGUGCAACAGGCUUUACGACACGGUCAGAUAUUGGUCCAGCACGAGAAACAGGUGAUAUCAGUGAUGAACGACAUGCACCACCGAAUAAACGUCGAGACGAAGAAAACGAUGAUGACGAUACAGAUUUAAAUGAUUCAAAUUUUGACGAAGAAUUCGGCUACGGUGGAAGUUUAUUCAAGAACGAUCUGUAUGAAAAAGACGAUGAAGAAGCUGAUAAGAUCUAUGAGUCGAUCGAUAAACGCAUGGAUGAAAAGCGAAAAGAACGAAGAGAACGCCGAUAUCAAGAAGAAAAGGAAAAGUAUCGCCAAGAGCGACCGAAGCUUCAACAACUAUUCAGUGAUGUCAAACGUAAAUUAGAAGACGUAACAGAAGAAGAAUGGAUGAGUCUGCCCGAAGUUGGCGAUGCUAGAAAUAAACGUCAACGAAAUCCCAGAGAAGAAAAAUACACACCUGUACCUGAUUCUGUUCUUGCCAAAGCUGUUUCAGCCAACGAACAAACCACUACAAUCGACUCACGAGAACAGAGGUAUGGUGGAUUCGCCACACCAGUGGGAAUGUCUACACCAUCCGAAGAAAUUGAGAUGGUUAAAAUCGGUCAAGCACGAAGUACACUUAUCAAUGUCAAACUAAAACAAGUCGCCGAUAGUGUUACUGGUCAGACAGUUGUCGAUCCAAAAGGUUAUUUAACCGAUUUGCAAUCGAUGUUACCAUCCUAUGGUGGCGAUAUCAAUGAUGUGAAAAAAGCUCGACUAUUAUUAAAAAGCGUCCGAGAAACAAAUCCAUCUCAUCCACCAGCAUGGAUCGCGUCGGCACGUUUAGAAGAAGUCGUUGGUAAACUUCAAGCGGCACGAAAUUUAAUUAUGCGUGGAACAGAUCAUUGUCCAAAAAAUGAAGAUAUCUGGUUAGAAGCUGCACGUUUAAUGCCGCUUGAUUUAGCACGUGGUGUUGUCACACAUGCUGUCAGACAAUUACCACAAUCGGUUAAAAUCUGGGUGAAAGCUGCUGAUUUAGAACAAGAACCCAAAGCGAAAAAACAAGUGUUACGACAUGCACUCGAACAAGUACCAAAUUCUGUUCGAUUAUGGAAAGCAGCCGUCGAAUUAGAAGAUGAAGAAGAUGCAAGAAUCAUGCUCAGUAGAGCCGUUGAAUGCUGUCCAACAUCAGUUGACUUAUGGUUAGCACUCGCUCGUUUGGAAACGUAUGAAAAUGCACGACGUGUGCUCAACAAAGCUCGUGAGCAUAUUCCAACUGAUCGACAAAUCUGGAUUAUGGCUACUAAACUCGAAGAAGCAAAUGGAAACAAUGCAAUGGUUGAUCGUUUGAUUGAGAGAGCACUGGCUUCUUUAACUGCAAAUAUGGUCGAAAUCAAUCGUGAGCAUUGGAUCAAAGAUGCGGUUGAGUGCGAAAAAGCUGGUUCAGUUCACACAGCUCAAGCAUUGAUUCGUAAUGUCAUCGGCAUUAGUGUUGAAGAAGAAGAUCAAUUAGCAACAUGGAUGGAAGAUGCUCAAUCUUGUCAAAACGAAGGCGCCUAUGAAUGUGCACGUGUGAUCUAUGCACAUGCACGUAAAUGUCAUCCCACACAGACAAGCUUGUGGCUAGACGCAGCCGAUUUCGAAAAGAAACAUGGCACACGCGAACAAUAUGAAGAACUUUUGACAGCUGCAGUUGCUAAUUGUCCAAAAGCGGAAGUUUUAUGGUUAAUGUUAGCUAAGAGUCAAUGGUUGGCCGGAAAUAUUCCAUUAUCUCGAGCAACUUUGUCCGCUGGAUUUAAAGCAAAUCCAAAUUCCGAAGAAAUUUGGCUUGCAGCCGUUAAACUCGAAUCGGAAAAUAACGAAUAUGACAAAGCUAUCAGUUUGUUGAAAAACGCCCGACGUAAUGCUCCCACUGCUCGUGUUUAUAUGAAAUCAGUUCGUUUAAAUUGGUGUUUAAAUGAUAUUUCUGACGCCAAAACAUUGUUAGAUGAAGCAUUGAAAUCCUAUGGAGAUUUUCCGAAACUAUGGAUGAUGAAAGGACAAAUCUUAGCCCAACAAGGUCCUGCCAGUUUUGAAGCGGCUCGCGAAGCUUACAUGGAAGGGAUCAAACGAUGUCCAACAAGUAUACCACUAUGGCUACUUUUAGUUCAGUUAGAAUUAGAUCGCGGACAAUUGAUCAAAGCUCGAGCUAAUUUAGAAAAAGCUCGUUUAAGAAAUCCAGCAACACCGGAACUUUGGUUGGCCAGUGUUCGAUUAGAAGUCACUGCCGGAAAUGUUCAACAAGCAAAAGUUAUGUUGGCUCGAGGUAUGCAGGAGUGUCCAACAGCAGGUACUCUUUGGGCAGAAGCGAUAUUCAUGGAGAAUCGUCCACAACGAAAGUCAAAAAGUGUUGAUGCUUUGAAAAAAUGCGAACAUGACCCAUAUGUUCUGACCGCCGUUUCGAAAUUGUUCUGGUCCGAACGUCGCAUUGACAAGGCACGCGAAUGGUUUACUCGGGCGAUUAAACUCGAAACAGAUAUCGGUGAUUGUUGGGCUGCAUUUUAUAAAUUCGAAUUAAUGCAUGGAACUGAACAGCAACAAGCAGAUGUGAAAAAAAAAUGUAUUAGUUUCGAACCGCGACAUGGAGAAUUAUGGUGUCGAAUUGCUAAAGAUGUGCGAAAUUGGAAAUUGAAAGCAGGAGAGAUUCUCGAAUUAUGUGCAGCGCAAAUCUCUGUACCUGAGUAA